AUGUCCGAAAUGCAAGAUAGCACAGGAAAUGCAAUGGGAUUUCCACAGUUAAAAACCUGCGGGGGGUUUGAAAUGAUGCGAUGCACCUCAAACUGCAGAGAUCUCACCGUCAUCAACUGUUCAUGGAAUGCUAAAGACCUACACUCCUCUUUGGGUGAUGGGCAGGGUAAAGUUUACUUGCGGCCUAUCCAGAGAUCAUUGGCCACCUCACCUAUGGUACAACAAAGCCGGUGUGAGAUUAAAGAGGUAUGUCAGAUGUGUAACAAAGAAGUUCUUGUUCGCAAUCUUCGCGAGCAUUUGUGGGCAUGCACUGAAGGAUUAGACUCUGAUGAAUCAUCUGAUCCACCCAGUGUCCCUCAGUCAUCCUCUGUUCUAUCCAGUGUCCCUCAGGCAUCCUCCUCGUCAACUGCCCCACCCAGUGUUCCUGAACAAUUCUCCUCGUCAACUGCUCCACCCAGUGUUCCUGAACAAUCCUCCUCGUCAACUGCCCCACCCAGUGUUCCUGAACAAUCCUCUUCGUCCCCAGUGUUCCUGAAGAAUCCUCCACAUCCUCUGCUCCAGCGAGCACUUCACAUAGCACCCCCUCGUCUUCAUCUCUUCCACCCAACAACUGAAACCCGAAGAGUAGCGACAGUCGAUCUGACACAAAGGGUUUAA